AUGCUGGGGAAUAGGCUGCAAUUCUGUGAACAUUCACAUUCAUUUCUUUACUGUCUUCCUACAGAGCUCGUGGCCUUGGAUGUCUGUGGUGGCCGCAUUGGUUGCUGUGACCGCAGUAAUGCUCUAUCCCGGCUUCACCAGGGGAGCGCCGUGAAAGCCAUGUACCGUCCUCCACUGAAGCUGGCAUUGCUCACAUUUUGGAAAUCACAAACACACACACAAAAAAAACAGAUCCUAAUCUUCCUUUUUACCUCUUCAGAACCCAAGGCUCUGAAAAAGCAGAAGGCCAUUGCUUUAAACUGUAAUAUAUGUAUGUGUACAGCAGGGGAAUAA